AUGUUUUGCCUUUUCCCAGUAGAUUCCUUUAAUCUAUUUUACACGCCAUUUUUUUCUUCUUGUUUUUCUUUUCUUUGGGGGCUGAGGAUAUCUUAUACGCGCGCGGAUGUUGAUUUCUUUCUUUCUUUAAUUUGUUUGAUUCAUUCGUUCGUUUCUUCCUUCUUGUUUCUGCAUGAUAUUUUAAUUUUCGUUCAUUUUCGUCAUGUAACCUUUUUCAUUCGGUCCGUUGAUCUUUCUUUCUUUCUUUCUUUCUUUUUUUCUUUCUUGCUUGCUUGCUUGCUUCAUCGUCCAUCGUCCAUUCAUUCAUUCGCUUCUUCCUUCUUGUGUCUACAUGAUAUUUUCAUUUUCGUUAAUUUUCUCUAUUUAACAUUCUUCCUUCAUUUUUCAUUCAUUCCUUCUUUCUUGUUUCUACAUGAUUUCCUUUUCGAUCAUUUUCUGUAUUUAACUUUUUUCCUUCAGUCAGUUGAUCUUUCUUUCUUUCUUUCUUACUUUCUUUCUUUCUUUCUUUCUUUUUUCUUCAUUUAUUCGUUCAUUCAGCCGCUCGUUUCUUCCUUCUUGCUUUUAAAUUCAAUUAAUUUUACUUUCUUUCUUUCUUUCUUUCUUUCUUUCUUUCUUUCUUUCUUUCUUUCUACCUACCUUAGCGUCGCUUUAGACCACAAGUGUAAAGGGCAUUCAUCGGUAAAAUAUACGGAGCCCCCAAUUUUUGUCAUAACAUCUUACCUUGCUUCCUUUCUAACAAUUUUUAUUCAUUCCUUCAUAUUCAUUUUUCUUUCUUUCUAUUUUUGUUUGCAUACUUUUUUAUUUUAUUUUCAUCAAUUUUCUUUCUUUUUUAUCAAUUGCUCUUCUUGCAAUUUCUCCUUUCUUUCUUUCUUUCUUCCUUUCUUUUUUCAUCAAUUAUUCUUUCUUUUCGCAUUUCUUAUUUCUUUCUUUACAUUCAUUUCAACAAUUUUCUUUCUUUUAAAUAAUCUUUCUUUUUUUCUUUCUUUCUCACUUUCUUUCUUUCUUUCUUUCUUUCUUUCUUUCUUUCUUUCUUUCUUUCUUUCUAUUUCUACUUGUUUUUCCUUUAAUCAAAUUUGUUGUUUUUCCUUCCUUCCAUACUUGUUCUAUCUCCUCGAAAUUUCUUUCUUUCUUUCUUUCUUUCUUUCUUUCUUUCUUUCUUUCUUUCUUUCUUCACUUCUAUCGUUUCGCAAUUUCUUUCUUGCUUGCUUUCUUUCACUUGUGCUAUCUUUUCACCGUUUCUUUCUUUCUUUCUUUCUUUCUUUCUUUCUUUCUUUCUUUCCAUCAUUUGCGUAUCUAUCUAUCUAUCUAUCUAUCUAUCUAUCUAUCUAUCUCGGUAUUUUCAUAUCUAUCUAUCUAUCUAUCUAUCUAUCUAUCUAUCUAUCUAUCUAUCUAUCUAUCUAUCUAUCUAUUUCGGUUAUCAAGAAAGCAAGGAUGUCAGUUAGCUAUCGGUUUCGGUCUUUUCGUAUAUUUUUCUCUAUCUGUCUAUCCAUCUAUCUCAGUCUGUUCACAUCUAUCUAUCUAUCUAUCUAUCUAUCUAUCUAUCUAUCUAAGUUUUUAUUACAAUUUUUCAUAUCUAUCUAUCUAUCUAUCUAUCUAUCUAUCUAUCUAUCUAUCUAUCUAUCUAUGUUCAUAAAUAACUAUCUAUUACAAUCUGUUCAUAUCUAUCUAUCUAUCUAUCUAUCUAUCUAUCUAUUUCGGUUAUCAAGAAAGCAAGGAAUCGGAAUGAUUAAUAUGUCACUAUUAAUCUGUCUGUUCAUUAUCUAUUCAUCUAUCUAUCUAUCUAUCUAUCUAUCUAUCUAUCUAUCUCAGUCUAUCAUUAUCUAUCUAUCUAUCUAUCUAUCUAUCUAUCUAUCUAUCUAUCUCUGUUCAUUAUCUAUCUAUCUAUCUAUCUCAGUCUGUUCAUUAUCUAUCUAUCUAUCUAUCUAUCUAUCUAUCUAUCUAUCUAUCUAUCUAUCUAUCUCUAUUAUUACUUAA